GUUGUCAACUAAACCAGUGCUGCUAGUUUGCUAAACACGAUUGAAUUUGAUCAGUGGAUUUAACAGCUGCUGGCAGAUUUCAGGCAAAUGUCGAUUCAGUACGAAGAUCCUGCGCUGGCAGGGAACUAUGGUGGUGUACAAUCUUUCCCAAAGGAUUAAGGCUACGGAGUGGAGGAACCAGAUAUCGAGAACACGUUAGGUGACAGUAAACCAAGGACUGCGGAGAAGUGGUACAUCGUACAUUCAAAAGGAAGUGAAUCAGAAAUAAGACAACAUGAGUGACCGUUUUGACUGUGGCGAGUGCAAGGAGUCCCUGUACGGGCGCAAAUACAUUCAGGUGGAGGACGUUCCCCACUGCAUCCCCUGCUAUGACCGUCUGUAUGCCAACACAUGUCAGGAGUGCAAGGAGCUCAUCACACACAACGCACGGGAGCUGUUCUACGAGGACAGGCACUACCACGAACACUGUUUCCGUUGUUUCCGCUGUGACCGCUCGCUGGCGGACGAGCCCUUCACCAGCCAGGAGGAGGCGCUGCUGUGCAACGACUGCUACCGCAAUGAGUUCUCGUCCAAGUGUGUGGCCUGCGACAAGACCAUCAUGCCAGGCUCAAAGAAGUUGGAGUAUGGGGGCUCUGCGUGGCACGAGGACUGCUUUGUGUGCCAUGGCUGUGAGAAGCCCAUCGGUGGCCAGUCCUUCAUCCCCGACAAAGACGACUACUACUGUGUACCCUGCUACGAGGGCAGGUUUACCCCGCGAUGCAGCCACUGCAAAAAGGUGCUGGUGACAGGGGGCGUCAGCUACAAAGACGAGACGUGGCACAAGGAGUGUUUGGUGUGCACGGGCUGUAAGAGCCCACUGGCCGGCCAGCCCUUCACCUCCCAGGGAGACACGCCCUACUGCGUCAAGUGCUUCAGCAGCCUCUACACACAGAAGUGUGCCUCCUGUAACUCGCCCAUCACAGGGUUUGGCGAGGGGAAGUACGUUUCUUUCCAGGAUCGGCAGUGGCACCAGCCCUGCUUCAAGUGUUCCCACUGCUCUGUCUCUCUUGUUGGGUCCGGCUUCUUCCCUGACCGGGACCAGAUCCUUUGCGGAGACUGCAACAACGACCAAGAAGACCAAUGAGAAUCAUUGUCUCUGUCCUUCAACUGUGCCUGACCAAUCACAAAUGUACAGUUAUAGCUAUCCUGUUUGUAACAGACAGUGGUGACAUGACCACCGUGACCACCUAUCAUACAGUUAAUUAAGAGAGCCUCUAAACCUCAACCUAUAUUUAAUACUACAUCACCCUAAAUAUAUACAGUACCAGUCAAACGUUUGGACACACCUACUCAUUCAAGGGUUUUUCUUUAUUUUUACUAUUUUAUACAUUGUAGAAUAAUAGUGAAGACAUCA